AGAGAGAGAGAGACAUAGAGAGAGAGAGAGAGAGAGAGACAUAGAUACACACAGAGAGAGAGAGAAAGGGUUUUAAUUUCAGUUGUGCUCAGCCUGCAGCUCAGUUCAGCCUCGGUCUGUGGACGUCGGCUCAGGUGUUGGAUGUGAUUUGAUGUGUCCUGGAUGUUAUUUGACGCCACAUGGAGCUGCUGCCCUCCCUGCUGUCCUCUCUCAGGUCCGUGGAUCCCGGGACUCUGGAUCAGGAGUACAGCAUGGUGCGUUCACAGACCUCAGUGUUAAAGAGAGACGUCAGUUUGACCAGUGAGACCGGAGCUCUGAAGGAAAACAUCAAGAAGAACAGAUACAAAGACAUCCUGCCAUAUGACCAGUCUCGGGUGGUGUUGUCUCUACUGACCACAGACUGUGACUCUGAUUACAUCAACGCCAGCUUCAUCAAGGGGGCGUCCAAUCACAGCUGUUACAUCGCCGCUCAGGGGCCUCUGAGCUCCACCCUGGUUGACUUCUGGAGAAUGAUCUGGCAGCACGAUGUCAAGGUGAUAGUCAUGGCCUGCAGAGAAAUAGAGAUGGGGAAGAAGAAAUGUGAGUGUUACUGGAGUCCAGUUCAUCAGUCUGCGGCAUUUGGACCAUUUACUGUGACCAACCAGGGGGAGACACGUCCUAAUGAAGACCUGGUGAUCAGAAGUCUGACUGUCAGAUACCAGCAGGGCAGCCGUUCACUGGUUCAGUAUCAGUUCUUGUCGUGGCCGGAUCACGACGUUCCCUAUGAGGCUGCAGGAGUCCUGGACCUGCUGGAGAGAGUCAGAACCAGCCAGGGAACACACACCUCGCCUCUGCUGAUACACUGCAGUGCAGGCUGUGGGAGGACAGGAGUCAUCUGUGCUCUCGACUACAUCCAUGACCUGCUGGUUACCAAGCAGAUCACAGCAGACUUCAGCAUCAUGGACAUCGUACUGGAGCUCAGGAGACAGAGACCCUCUGCUGUCCAGACUAAAGAUCAGUAUCAGUUCAUCUUCACGGCGGUCGCCUGUAUGCUCCAACAAGUCCUGCAGUCCAGCUGUCACCUGCUCAACGACAACCUGUCUGAGCUGAAGAAACCAGAGAAGAAAACCAGACAAACCCCAGCUUCCUCCAAGAGACUGUCACAGCAGACUGACAUGAGUGAUACGUACGCUGUGGUCAACAAGCCCAAACACCCUCACCCGCCUUCAUCAAACCCCGCCUACUCCACUGUUGCCAUGCCCAGCAGCGCGAGCAGGACUCAGCCCUUGUCCCAUCACUAUGACAACGAUCCUGACGGAGCAUCGGCAUCUGCUGUCUACAGCACGGUCAGACCUCGAGCUAAACCAGCCAACCAGCAACACUCUGCCACGCCCAUCUACGACACGGCGAUGCCAACCAAUCACAGGCUGGGGGAGGGACCAUCGUCACUUGGCAGCAAUGGAGAACAUCACCUGGUGCAAGGUGAACAUCCUUCAUCCACAGACGAUGAUUAUGAAGAUUUCUCCUGCUCAGUGCCGGACAUGACCAACCUCUGCUCACCUGGUGGGAUCGGUUUUAACUGUCGCAUUCAGAAGCCCAGAGGACCCAGAGAUCCUCCUGCCGAGUGGAGCCGACAGGAGAGAUGAAACGGCUCCGCUGGUUUCCAGUAGACUGCUGGGCUGGACUGGGUGAAACCAGACUGGAUGAGUGCAUCAGCGUGUAGUUUAAAGUGAGCUGGACUGUGAGACUGAAUGUGUGUGUUUAAAAUGACUGUUUGACGAUUUAUAUGUGAACUGUUCAAAUACACGUGUGGAAAUAA